AUGUAUGUUCUGACUUGUGUCCAGUUCACUCAAUUCUACUACAACACCUUUGAUACCUCGCGCGCGAGUUUGCAGAGCCUCUAUGGAGAAACCUCGAUGUUGACCUGGGAGGACAAACAAUUCUUGGGUCCCAAAGCAAUCACAGAGCAUUUGACGACAUUGCCGUUUCAGAGCGUGGCACACAAGGUAACAUCGCUAGACGCUCAGCCUUCAGUGACUGGGCAGCUCGUCGUCGAUGGCGGUGAGAACCCACUCCAAUUCAGCCAAGUGUUCCAGCUUUCUCCAACUGGCGGCAGUUACUUUGUCCAAAACGACAUUUUCAAACUUAACUAUGGUUGA